AAGGUCAUGCAUGAACUGUGUACAUAUAGGGCUGUGAGCUCGAACUUUGUGGCAAACGCCGACUGUGUCUGACUGGAGAAACGUCUGUUAUAUUUUAAGAAUGGCUGACUUUUCCGGCAAACGGCGUCCCGUAGAAGGACAAGAGAAUGAGGAGAGUUUCAUCAAGUUCUUUGCAGCUAUGGGUGCACCAAACCCCGAAAUGGCCCAGAAACUGUUUAAGACGGCCGAACAUAACGAAAUCAUCGACAAGGGAGACACAGUCAUCUUCAGGAUUCCCAACUUUGAGACUGGUGAGGGGACGAAGGACAUUGUCUUCAAAGUAGGGGAGGAGAAUGAAGCACUCGGACCGGUUGGAAUCCCAGUAAAGAAAUUCGUCACCAAAGAGGGAAACAAGCUGACAUUCCACGAGACGGCACCGAACGGAGAGAAAAACAUCACUGUUCGCGAGCUACAGGGAGACAGGUUGCUAUUUUCCAAGACUCACGUUGGCUCCGGCGUCACAGCGUCUACUGUUUUCAGGAGGGAGUAACCAAUGACGUCAUCGCUGUGUCCGCUGCCAUGCUGGUGUCCUAAUUUGCAUUUUCAGUGAAUACUGGCUGAAGUUUUUGAGAACAUGUAAACGAUUCAGAUGACCAUUACUCAAUGUCAACAGCUAACAGUAGAGCGUAUCAGAAAACAACUUGAAAAAGAAAACUGUUGUAUACGUAUACGAUUCACUAAAAUGCAAAUAGGGACACCAACAUGGCAGUAACUGUUUGCUGUAUCGACGUGGAAAAUGAAUUAAAAUGCUACUGCAUUAUUGACAUUAGAAUAUUCAAUGACAAAAUAAAUGUUAGAGAUUAAUAUUCCUGUAGGAAUCUGUAAGCAGUGGAUGCAACGGUUUUAUGUUCGUAAAUUCGAUACAAAGUUAAGGUGCGUUUUGAUAGUUCUGAGCCUUGUUUAGUAAUGGCAAUUUUGACAGACUGGGAAAUUCCGAUACUUUACUUUGUUUACUCAAUUAGAUAUCCUACCAUUAGCAACGCAGGUAGAUUUCUUGGAGUAAAAACAUCAGGUUAACAGGCUUAGAAACUCCUGCUUUACUUGCUGUCUGUAAAAAGCGCAAACUGUAACCCAUAAAGAAAUGGGUAUAUUAGAAUUUUUAUCCAAUUCAAUUCGUUUCUUUUGGUAACUGAAAUUGUUUUGAAAAUGUGACUAUUUUUGUUGUGGAACAGUACUGAAUCGGACAACCGGUUUUUGGUUAAAAUGUUAAUCCUCUGCAAGUUCGACAUCUUUGACAUACAUUCGUCAUAUUUUUCAAUAGCAUUAACGUUUUUUGGGGAGGUUAUCAAUUAAGGGAGCAAAAACAUGGUCUUGUUACGAAACACAUCAGAGAGUGAGGUUUCAUUAAAAAAUAUGUACAGAUA